CAAAGUAACAUAAAUGAAAUACAGAUAAAUUUACUGUUAUAAAAUAAACAUUAGUUUUAUAGAAAUGAAUGCUAACAAUUAUGUUUUCUCUUUUAAUUUCAAAGCAAAAAUGGAAGAAACCAGACGUAAACGGGAAAUGAAAAUGGCUGUUUGUUCAUAUCUGCAAAGGAGAAAUUAUAACGCUCCCGCCACUUUUUUAGCUACAAGAAAACAGCAAAGAAUAUAUUCAUCAAUUCACACUGCCAUAGGAAGAUCUAAUUCAAUUCUACCUAUUUGUGAUUCAUCAGUUAUUGAUCCAGUAAUAAUAGAUCAAAAUUUUACAAAACUUCUUAUGUGGUUAAGAGAACAAACCAAAUUUAAGAAUAGGUUUCAUGACAUAGAGUACAUUAUAGCACCAUUAUUUUGUCAUAUUUUCACAGAGUUCCUGCGCUUUGAACAUACAGAUAAAGCAGCCACAUUCUUUAAGUGUCAUUUUCCUUCCAUAAAUGAAAAUAAAUGUGACAAUACCAUAAAAGAACUUAUAUUAUGUAAUGGAGAAUUUAAGCCCAAGGAUGCAGAAGUAUCUAAGUUUAAGGAAAAGUUUAAAAAAAAUAGGAUAGUGAUAAAGUUGAGUCCAGAGUCUUUCAAAAGUUUAAAGAAGUUUGUAUAUGACAAUUGCCAUAUAGUGUUUGUUCAAGUAUUACACACAUAUUUUGAUUUUCAAGUUGUAGUUUGUCCAACAAAGUUUGAAGAAAGAACCAUGUAUUUGUCUGAGAAGCCUAAAGAGAAUAAAUGUCAAAAAAUGUUUAAUGUUAUAAAGGAACUGAAUAAGCUACCUCCACCAGUUUGUAAAUUAAGCAUAUCUAAUAAUAAUUAUCAAGUUUCAUGUGGCAUAAUAAAACGACAAAGUGGAAUAGUUAUUUUUGGAGAAAGCAAUGUGUUACGUAUAAUGCCUAUACAUUCCUUUGAUUCCAUUUUAAAUCUAGAUAGUACAAAUCAGAUCACUUUCACUCAUCAUUCUAACUAUAUAUGUGCUGUAGAUAUUUCUAGGGAUAAUUCAACAUUGGUAACAACAUCUGCGGAUAACACUUUGUGUAUAUAUGAUCUAACAGAUUUUAGAUUAGUCAGAAAAUGUCUAGGCCAUGUAAAUCCAGUAUACUGUGUGAAAAUUAGUAAUAAUGGAACAUAUGUAGCCACAGGUAGUGGAGAUACUACUGCAAGACUUUGGGAUAUUAGCACUGGAAGACAACUGAGAGUCUACUGUGGCCACAGUCAAAGUGUUACUUGUGUUACAUUUCAUCCAAAUUGUUUGUAUUUGGCUACAGGUUCUGCUGAUAAAAAUAUAAGACUUUGGUGUGUAAAUAAAGCUGUCUGUGUGAGACUUAUGCAUGCAAGUAAGGGAACUAUUAAUCAUCUAGCCUUUGGUCCCUGUGGUAAACUUCUAGCCUGUGCAAGUGAGGAUAAGAACAUCAAGAUAUUUGAAGUGCUGACUUCAAAAAUAAUUGCAGAACUAAGGUGUAAAGAAUUUCAUAUUGUAAAAGUUGUUUGGAAUAAAACUGGCAGUGAAAUUUGUGCUGGGACAUUAGAGGGAGUAGUUAAGGUAUGGAAUGUAGCUAGGUUAAAAGAAAACUGUGACAAUAAUAAAUAUAUUGAGUCUAUGGUGACUUAUCCAAUACACUCAAAUUUGUUAGACAUUGAAUAUGCAUUUGGUACAUAUGCAGUUUUAACAAUUGAUAAACAAGAUUCUUAUGUAUAACUUUUUUUAAUUAUAUCCUUUUUAU